GGAGGGAGAGAGAGUGGAGUUGUGUCCCAUAUGUGGAAAAAAAGCAUAGCAGUGCACACACGAGUCUGGUCUGCUCCAGGGAUUAUCGUAGCGCUUUCAGAUCUGAUGGAGGACAUGCAGGCAUGAAUAGGGCUGUUCUGUUGUCAGUGCGAGCUCAUGCUAGUGAUGGACUACAGCCGGACGGACGCUAACCUUAGCUGGCGUUCACAAAACAGCAUUCCUCCUUACUGAGACCAGCUCCACAGAAUGCUGAGUCCUAUUGUCCCCUAUAGCCUGUUAAAGAUGCACUGGAACCCAGAGCAUGCCCAGCCUCUCAGCCAGUGGCCUGAGCAGCACCUGGACGUCUCCUCGACCACCUCCUCUCCGGCCCACAAGUCGGAAUUCUACUCUGGCCGCGGUCGCAGUGGCUACAACUACGCUUGGGCCAAUGACGACAUCUCUGCUCUCACAGCCUCCAACCUAUUGAAGCGUUAUGCUGAGAAAUACUCUGGUGUGCUGGACUCACCAUAUGAUCGGCCGCCUACUGUGGGCACCUACCCAGAGCCAGGGGCCUUUGGGGGCCUCACCGUCCCCAAGACUGAGCUGGAGCCCUGGCCACUGACACACAGCACUGAUGCCUCCUAUUCCCUGGUGCCCCCUGGAGGCCAUGACGGUUCCAAGGCUGUAGCCACAUCUGCAGGCCCUCCAGGGGUUAGUAGUGUUUCAGUGGUGAACAGUAACCUCUCAGACUCGGGCUACAGCGGCAGCAGCUCCUGCAGCGGCUCCAGCGAGUACCCCUCUAGUUACAAUGGCACCUAUCUUUCCUCAGGGUACUGUCCCCAACCCAGUGCAGCACUUCCCCCUGCCUCCCUCCACACCCUCCAAUCCACCCCCACCCUAGUGCCCAGCUACAGCCCUACCACACCUGUCUAUAACUACCCUCCUAGCACGUAUCCUCCCCAGACCAGCCUUGCCCCCACCUACAGCCACCCCUCUGCAACUUACCUGCCCUCAGGCCUACCAGCCCCUACUCCCGUUCCCUCGAGGCCCACAGUGGUAGGAGGCAGCUACAGUUACCAGAGCACCAACCUUGGGACAUCUGAGUCUGGAGGGACAUUAAAAAGAAAAGCAUUUGAGAUGAGUGUAGAAGAGGAUGAGAGUGGGGACGGGUCUCGGUACAGGAAAUACAGCUAUGACCCAUUGAAGACCGGGGGACACUCACCUUACAGUGUGAGUGACAAAACAGAGUGCAGAGGAAAUGGCUUCAGUAGUUCAGGCAGCACAGACCCUCAAACCUUCAAGCCCAGUAAGCCCUCCUCUCAGCCCCUGGUGUCUCCCCAGUAUGGGGCAGCAGGGGAGUACAGCCCUCCAGCGGGCAUGACGGGGGAGAAUGGAGUCACAGAGCAGGGCUUCAUCCAACAGCAGCCGCACCGCUCCCAGGCCCACAAACGCCCUCCAUUGUGUGCUCCAACUGUUGAGACUAUGAAGAGCCCAGACCCCCGACUGUUGGACCUUGUGAAUGGGGAGUUACUGGACUGCAGCCCGGCACUGGGCUGGGGUGAGCUGGCCGGGCUCACCCAUGUCAAGGCUGCCCUGGAGGAGGACCUGUUGUGGCCCGUGUUGAGGCCUAGCACAGUGAUGCGGCCACCACGAACCGUCCUGUUGUUCGGCCCCCGGGGAGGGGGAAAGACAACGUUGACUCGGUCUUUGGCUUCACAGUUGGGGGCUUCGUUCUACCGGUUAAGUGGAGCCAUGCUGGCCUCUAAAGGGAAGGCUGAGGCAGAGCACAUUCUGGGGUCUCUUUUGCAGGUGGCAGAAGCACGGCAGCCCUCAAUGGUGUUGCUCAGCCAGGUGGAGGCCAUGGAAGAGGAGGGGCUGAGGCAGACACUGCUGACCACCCUGGAGAAAGCCCAGGUGGGGACCACAGGUCUGGUGAUUCUUGUAUGUGCCACUGGAAGGCCAGAUCUGCUGCAAGAUGCAGUUCAUCGAAGCUUUGCCAAGAGAUAUCACGUUGGCCUGCCAGAUGUGGGGAUGCGCAGGCAGGUGCUGCUGCAGGCACUGCCGCCCCAGGGCUGCAGCCUGAGCGAGAGGGAGCUGAGCGCCGUGCUGCAGCGCACAGAGGGCUUCACAGUGUGGGAGCUGCUGCAGCUCAGCCAGCAGGCACUCUCCUCAGCAUCUUCCCCCACUGGGGCCAUGCAUGGCCACCCCACAUCCUCCAAACCCCCAGCCUUUACAGACUUUGAGAAUGCCUUCUGCAAGGUGCGCCCACACACCACCACAAAAGAACUGGACACUUGUAUAGAGUGGAGCAAGAUGUAUAACCACUGAGAAAGCAGCCAGUUGGCGAACUCGGACUGCGUCAUGACCCUGUCUUUGCUUUGACAUGGAACGCCUUGGGAAUGUUUUGUUGUUUUGUAAUUACAGAUUAUGCAGCCAAAAGAGCCAGAGAAGCUCAACGAUGCGGGAGAGCUGACAAAGUUGUUUUCCUGGCAGAAGCAUGCCAUGGUGUGCUGUUUUUGUUUUUGUAUGAAUAUCCGCGAUAUUUUAUUUUUCCCAAAGAAAAGAAAGAUGAAUAGGCCUUGUUGAGUGGGGUAGUGUAUUAGUCUUUUGGCCAAUGGGAAAAUCAGAUUAUAUACUAUUUGGAUACUCUCAGAGAUCCUGAUUAGCCUUGGUCCGGGACAAAAUCAAUUAUUUGUUGCUAGGUGACGUGGUCCAAGAUUAUGGAUAAUCAGGGUUUGGAAAAUCCCCCCUUUGACUGCUACUCUCAGGAUCCUAUUUAUUGCCAGUCCACGACCGUGUUGUCCUAAUGUUGAUUUAGUCAUUGGAUUGUCGCUAAUUAUUCAGUACGAAGGGCUCGGGAUCAUUUCAGCAAAAAACAGUUUUUGACCAAAAAGACGUCAAACCAAAUCAGCAGUGUUGCUAUAUUUCUCAAAACAGACUGGUCCUGAAAAUCACCAUAAAUUAACCCCUCUUGACAGCUUCUCACCAAAUCAAAACAGUUAGUCCUUAAUAUUCUGACAAAUAAAAUCAAAUCAGAUGACUUGUAUUAAAUCCGAACAUGCUGCUGUCUUUCCCAGGAGUUAAGUUGUUUCAGUAAAACCUUGCACUUACACUCAAAAUGUCUGGUUGUAGAUAUAUUUCACAAGUAUCUACAUUUAACUCACCAACAGUUCUACACUAAAAAUGGUACAAUUCACAGACAACUUACUUUUCACUGUUAGGUUGUUGUCCUUGACUUCCGCAUACAUUUGUUCUCGAUCUCACAUUCCUCAUUGUCUGCAGUUUUCCUGAGAAUCACACUCACAGAACAAAACGUACCCACUCGCGCGUGCACACACACACACACACACACACCCAGCUUCUCCUACAGCGUAUCUGUUUGCGCUUUCACUUUCUCCUUUUGUUUUCCUAGUAUGUAGUCUUGUUUGAAAUGCUCAGGAAGAAUUUCUUUACCUCAGAAAUAUGAAAUACGAAAAAGAAUGUAUGUAAUCUUAGGGUCUUAGUAGAGGAGCGGCGCGGAGCGAGAGAACGGAGCGAGGAGAAACCUGACAGUCUUGUAACACCCGCUACAGCUGGGCUUUUACCUCGGGAGAGAAACUUGAAUAUGCUACAAAGAGUAACAUUGAAUGUAAUUCAGGUAUUUCAAAGGAUAUUUGAUGCCAUAAAUCCAUGUAUUAUUAUAUAUGAAUAUAUAAAUACGUUUUCUUUUCUGUUCUUUACCCUUUAUUUUUAUUGUAGUUUAUGGUGGAGUGAUGAUUGUCUUCAAGAAAUGCUAUGUAGAAUACAGAAAAUAUUCCUUUUUUUGUUGGACAAACUGCAAAUCCCCGUCUUAUUUCGUGUUUACCUGUAUAUGCAUGUCUUCUGUUUAUAGUUUCACAGCAAAAUAUUAUUUGAAAAUGUAAAUACAAUGCACACAAUCAUACAGUGAACAUCUGAGCACAAAAUACCUUCCAAAAAACACAACAAAUACAAACACAGAUGCAAAAAAAAACAAAAAAAAAAAGCUUAAAGAUGAAGUCGUGUUAUGUAGCUUUCAGCAAAUCCCAAAGUUAAUGUGUACAUAUUGUGGAUAAACCCAACAUGUAGACAAUCCAGACAGAUCUCUCUUUUUCCACCAGUCCGUCAGUUGUGUUUUAACAAGCUGGAAAAACCCGGUCAGUGGACUGCAGGUACAGAGGUCGUACGUAUUAGACUGUUGCCAUGGUCCUGAGGAGGUAUACACAGAAUGAUGUAAUAUUUCCCACUGCCCUUUCCUUCUUCUGUCCCCCCCCCCCUCAUCAUUAUUUUUCUCUUUUUCUCUCUCCCCAGUGCAAUCUCAUUAGAUUGGAUUGCCCCCUAGCCACGAGCCCCAGUGGCCAUGUGGCGUUGUAUCCUCUCCCCACCCCACCCAGCCCUUCCCCCUCCUCUCCCCUUAUACCGAUUCCUCAUGGAGUGGAAGUGGUCUGAUUGAUGUCCAGCAACCCUAUAUCACAGUGCAGCCGUCCCUCUCCAGCUGGUGGCUUCAGUCAUGCCAUACAGCCAGAUCAAUCAGAGUGACCCCUGCUGUGCACACUGAUCACUGUCUCCGAAACUGAAAACACAUACAACACAGCCCCUGCCUCAAGGUCCAAAUACUGCUCACAAUUAUUCACGUGUAAUCACAGAAAUUAAAUAAUAACGAUGACUCAAAGGUACAAGUAGCCGCAGCAUUUUGAUUUGUUGUUGCUCCCACUUUCUCCCCGACAGUUUGUCCAACAAAACAAGCUUUUAUUUUUUAUGUUUUGAUCUGUUAUGGCGGUAACUUUGUUCUUGGUUAUUGUACAUUUUCUGUAACCAUUUCUACCUCAUUUUUGCGGCAUAUUGUACAUGAAAGUAUUUAUUUCAUGUCUUUUUUGAUGUCUGUUUUAAAAAUGAUAAUAAUGUUCUUGAACUGUAAUGGUCUACCUCAGAAAAGACUGUAUUUUAAGAGAAGAGUAUCACACAAUAUUAAACAGAAUUUGUCA